UGCAUACCACAAAUCGCAUUGUCUUUUUGUAAUAUAGUUUUCUUUGCUAUAAAAGGGUUUCCAAAAAAUUUUUAAAAGACAACAUUUAACCAAAACAACCAACCAAAGGUUGUGAAAUAAGACAUUAUAUUAAGGAUCAUCAGCUGUAAGGAGAUUCAGUGAAAGUGUCAGUCCAGAUAUCAAUCUAAUCAAAUCACAGGCAAAAUUUUUGCUUUCCAUUUAUCAGUUUGUGUUCUUAUAAUAUAGCCAUGGAUGUUUUAUAAAAUGGUUUUCUAAAAUUGUUGACUUUUAUACAAUUUUUUGUUUCUGAUUGCCCUCUAAAUGAAUUUGUGAAUUUAACUUGAAAUCAAGUGUUUUGAGUGAGGACUAUUUUUAUAUCUGUACCCUUUCCAAAUCUUUUGUAACAGUCAGACCGGUUUGAAUACCGGUGCCAGAUAGCUCAGUUGGUAGAGAACCUGACCAGAGAUUCAGGAAGCCCAGGUUUUAAUCCCAGUCUGGUCUGUUAUUAUUUCUCCCAUCAGGUUACAUUUAGUGCAGUGCCAACUUUGGACCCAACAAGUUAUUUCAUGCUAGAAAAAGAGCCUAGGGUGAUCUUCAUAAGCAAAGAUGAUUUCAGGGUCAAGGGGGAUUUGUGAAGGUCAGACCUGUUCAAAUACCGCUUCCAGAUAGCUGUAGAGCACUUAUCCAGGGGACCAGGGUUAAAAUCCCAGUCUGGAAGGUAAAUGCUAGACAGAGAAAAUGUAAAUGAAGCCAACAUUGAACUACAGUGAAAAGACUGGCAACAAUAGGCCAGCAGUAAUGAUUUCCAAAAGGUAACUAAGAAAUGGACAAUGGAGAAUCGUUCUUUGACAUAAGUGAAGGAUUUUUUGGAAAUGACAAUGAUCCAGGAACCUCGGAUUUCAGCUGGGCAGACGAGUUCAUUUCCUCUUCCGAGAACCAAGAAACGAAUCAAACCACCGCCUCUGUCCUACAGCAAGGGAUAGAUGAAGUUAUCACUGCUUCCUCUUCACUUCCUGUCAUAGCCUCACAAAAUAACUCCAUCACCACAUCACAGCCUAGCUUCAUUCUCACCAACACUACCGGUCCAGUACCCCUAGCCAAUCAAAAUGCAGGAAUUCAGUUUGUGCAGCAGCAGCAAACCCAAUCCAACCAAUCACAACAAAUUAUUACUUCUCUGCCAAAUUUGAUUGGGUCCACUGCUCAAUUAGUGAGAGGACCCAAUGGGCAGUUGAUCCUAACCAGUGGACCAAUACAGGUCCAGCAAUCUCAGCAGACACUCCAGCCUUCGUCAGUUCAGUUUUCCUCUCAACAGUUUCAGACUCCCAGCCCGAGUCCAAUUCCUGCCAGUUCCCCUGCCGUCAAUCGUCCAAUCACCCCCGCUUCUUCUUCUCUCAUCACAAAGUCUGUCGGAUCUAUUCAAUAUGCCACCUCCUCUGAUUCUACAACUAUCUCUUCAUCCAAAGUUCAAACUCAACCGUUAGUUGGAAAUGCAGGUGUAAACUUCCUACAACUUCAAGGAAAUGCACAGCAACAGAUACUUGCCAGGAACAUUCAGGUUCAAGGACAGAGCAGUUCCAGCGGAAUCAAUGUCCAAGGGCAACAAAUUCUGCAAAAUCAAGGUCAUGUUACUUAUCUUCAGGGACAUGGGCAGUCUGCUAUGUUGCAAGGUCAGCAGGGAGCAGCUGCUGUUCUUCAAGGUCAUACUGCUGUGCUGCAAGGCCACAAUAAUCAGACUGCUUUGUUACAGGGUCAGCAGGGUCACACUGCCAUGUUACAUGGUCAAGGACAAAACAUUGUGAAUACACAAAACACUGUUAUACAGAACCCAAAUGUUGUGAACUUGAAUGUAGCACAUGUGCUAUGCAACAAUCCUGCUCUGCAGAAUCAACAGGGUGGGACAGUCCAGCAGGGCCAGAAUAUUCAAGGAACUCUUAUACAAACUGCUGAUGGUAAAAGUAUCAUCAUCCCUAGUCAGCUUCUACAGUCAGGUCAGCCAAUCAACCUCCAGAACAUCCAGCAGGUGUUCCAGCCCCAGCUGAACAGCAGUGGAGCCAGUGUUGUUCAAGGAUCCUCCACAAGUGGAGCGGGCCUAAUCCAUGGGAAUGCCAUGUUGGGCAACAAUGUGACUCUUGGUGGUAUUGGAAAUGUGAUCCGCAUGGCUACUAACACCUCGAUGGCUGGACAGGACAAACACUUAGGUGCGGGGUUACCUGUCAUUGGUGUGAACAGCCAAGGUCAACAGGUGCUUAUUCAGAGGACUCAAGGUCAGCAACAAAACAUAAUGGUACGCACUCUCACACCACAAACUUUACAGCAGCUUCAGCAACCUAGCAACAACACCUCCAGUACAUCAAACUAUCAUGCCUCUCAAGCAUCACAAGUAAUGCAGCAACCUUUACUGGUGUCCUCUCAGCCUGGGAUACAGCUCCAGAGAAUAAUCACUCCCACAGGUCACCAGGUCAUAGCAGGUCAGCAGAACCAGGCUGUGAAGGUCAUUGGUCAGAACCCUGCAGGUGUAUUGUCUAUCAAUCUCCCCCAGAAUAUCAGUUUCCAGAAUCCUCAAAUGCAGACUGUACAGCUUCUUCAGCAGCAGGUACAGCGGGCAGCAAUGGGGGUAAAGAGCGAGCCGGGCACAUCUUCACCGGCCCAGCAAGUGGUGCUUGGGGCGGGGUCUGACUCCAAAACUCUGUCAUUUGUUACCAAAAUGGUCUCACAGCAAGGCUCUGUGGGAUUACAAAAUGAUGCAACUAGUUCACAGUCUAGUGUUCAAAAUGUGUUCACAUCUCAUGUGUCAGUCAUGCCGCAGUACUCUGUGGCGAGCUCUAUUGCUCCAUCCGCCACAUCCCAGUCCCAGACUGCUCUGUCUCAGCCAAUAUUUAGUACUACUACUCAGAUACCCCAUGUCGUUCCCUCAGUGGUAACACCCCAGCCCUCUACCGACACCAAACCACCCUCAUUUAUACAGCAGACCACGUUACAAGCAAGAAACAAUGCCCCAAAACUUCAGACCAUUCAAAUCACGCCGGAGACCCAAAAGAAAUUGCAGUUGAUUCAAACAGAACUGAAGACUCUUCAGAGUUUGAAGCAACUGACCAAUGAACAAAUGCAAAGACAGAAGAAGCUAAUAGAUGUUCAGAAGAGCAUCAUACAGAAGUGUGCCCAGCAGCAGCAGCAGGCUGCGUUACAGGCAGCCCAGCCAAUGAUUGGUCAACCCCAGGCAGGCUUCCCCGCCACCCUCAACUUGGUUGAAGUCAAAAAGGAGGAACCUCAAAUGGUUCAUCCACCAAUGAUUGGGGAACCCCCCACUGGCACAGUGCCCCAGCAGGUUACUGUAGUCAGCUCCUUAGCUCAAGGUGCCAUACAAGCAACUGCGACCCUGUCGAAUGCCUCCCCACUGUUGUCAGCAUUAUCCUCAGCCACCACCAACAUCCGUCCAACCAUAGCCACCACACAGAAUCUUAUACUAAACCAGGUCACGUCGGCCCAGACUGUGCUUAAAAUAGGUCAGGAAGCGACCGCCACCCCGAGUGUGCCAAAACCUAUGGGUACAAAUUUACUGCCAGGAACUGCAACUCUAACCGCUGGUACUGCACAGGCACCAGUCCCUACGCAAAUCAAAAUAGCAAAUCAUGUCCUUCAGUUGAAUUUGACACCUGAUCAGAAGAAUAAGGUGGAGGGUUACCUGGCCCGCAUGACCCCUGAACAACAGCAGCAGCAGAUCAAACUGUUCCUGAAUCUACAGAGACAGCAGCAACUCCAGGCCCAGGUGCAGGCCCAGAAAGCCCACCAGGCAAAGCUCCAGCAGGGCAAAAUACCCGCCCCAGUUCAGAAUUUGGCAAGUGGCAAUGCAAACACAGCAGUGGGAUCAGGUGCCCCAACAGGUCACAUGAUCUUACAGACAGGGGGACCAGACAACAAACUGGUUGCUGUGGCUAACAUGCCAAAGGAACAGCUGAUUCAUCAACAGUUGAGCAAGGAUCAGGAGAAUGCACUGCGGUCAGACACACACACUCCAUUCCACAACCAGAGGGACAUGACCCGCAGACUCCUGCGCUACCAUGUGUUCCAGUGGGCGGAGCCACCCAAGAAACUAAUCAAAAAAGACAAAGAAAUGUUUGAAAAUUGUGCAGAGGGCUUGAUGAGAAAAAGUGGUGCUAUGUUUGAAAAGUUCCGAGUCUUGCUGAUGAAGGAAAGCAUGAGGAAAAACAGUACUGCAGAAACUGUAAUGAUUCAAAGACUGCUGAAUGAAGAUCUCAAGGAAACCAUCACCAAGGAGAAGAAGCAACUCGCUGAUGACCCGGGAUCAUUCAAACCUAUUCCGUUACACAUUUUACAAAAAUCUGAAAAGGCAGCAGCUGCGAAGGAGGAGGUAAAGCCUGUGGUUGUUAAAUCGGAGCAUUCUCCAGAACAGGUGCCCCCUGACAGUAAGUCCUCCAGUCCCUUCAUCUCAAUAAAGGAGGAGGAGAGUAACUCACGCCCAACUACGCCAAAAUUCAGACUGAUCAUUCGCAAUGAUGGACAGAAGCUGACCAGUUCGACCUGUAUAACAGAGGACGGGGACGCUGAUAGUGACACAAACACUUACAUUGCUGAGGAGAGCAGCACCGACAGUUACGGGGACAACAAUUCCGACAAAGGUUCUGUGGGCUCGAGGUCAAUGUUGGAUAACAUUGAGAGUAAAGCUGCUGAUGACAUCACGAUGGAUGACAAUGCUGCCUCUAGGUGGAGUGACAUUAGUAAUGAUGAAAAACCAUUCUCCUCCUACAUGGAGACCGAGAGUGCUGAAGCUUCACAGAUGAGCUAUAUGAACUAUCCCUCCAAUAAAAUGGAGAUAGAAGAGACAGAUUCUAAUGCAUACCCAGACCACACGGAAGCUGUUCCUAGCAUGAUCUCAUCAGAUGACACUGUCAAUUACAGUAGUCAAAACACAUUUCAUCGUAGUCCACCAGCCAUCAGUCGUUCCUUAUCAUACACAUCAGAUAAAGCCUUGUAUCGUCAAGACAGUUCCAAAAACUCCAACUUCAGUGGGUCAUUCUCUGCUCUAGAGGAUAGCCAAAAAUCGCUGGAGUCAAGUGCCAAUUCUUACACUGGCUCCGCUUGUGCUCAGUAUGAACCCAUUUCCUCUGAUGAAGGGGACGAGGAGGAGGGUGUGUCGCGAUUUGUGCCUGGUAAAAGUGAGCCUUAUAUUAUAAGUAUUGGAAAACACACUAUGAAGUAUUCUGGUGAUUCUCAGUCAUAUCUGCAAAGUGAAAACUUAGGCAAAUUAAAUCAAACCUCUAGUGCUGAUGUGAUUGAAAUUGCUGAUAAUGAUGGUAACCUCAAACAGGAAAGUAGUAGUAGUAGUGAUAGUGACUCCGAUUCAGAGGCAAGUUCUCUGAAGGAUGGUGAUAACGUGACAAAUUACCAAAUGCAAAGUGCAAUUGAUUCCAUUUUGCAGUAUGACAGUGCAACAUCACCAUCAUCAGCAUAUCACCACAUGGACCAAUCAGAUUUCUUAAGUAAUGACUAUGAAGCCAGCCAAUCAGAAGAAAGUGCUAUAAAUAGUCCCCAAUCAUAUGAUAGACAAGAUACUGGGGACCAUACAGACACUACCUCUAUGGAGGAUGAUCUAGAUGCUGCCGUCAAAAGUAUUUUAAUGUAGUGGUAGUCAUUUCUACUUUGUUGUUCAUACCACAUGCCUUAGUACAUGUCCAUUGUCCAUAUCAUUGUAAUUCAUUGAAUAUAGUGUAGGUAGGUAGGAAUCUCAUGAAAUGUCUUUAAAUUCCUUAUAACAGAAUUUACAAAGUAAAUUUGUUCUAGCUGUGCUGGCAUUUGAGAUGCUGAUAGUAGAUUUCGUUAAAUUGGCAGAACAUGACAGGACAGAGUACUGUUGUCCACAAAUGUCACUUGGGUCCAAUAGGUUGCUAGUCUUGUAGACCAUGACACAGAUUUUGAUUGCAUUUUCAUUUAUUUUACCUUUGAUAAAAAACUAUGGCUAAGUUUAUGUUAAAACAUUAUUUUCCUUUUCUGAACAACAUAAUUUUUUCAUGAAUUUAAAAAAGGAUAUAUGCAUAGAGGGGCAGAGAAAUCAUGUUUGUAAAUUUGAACUCGACUGUCUUCCUCUUUAUAAUUAUUCAUCGAAUUGAUUAAGAAUCUGCAAUUAUAAUGGAAUGAAAAAAAAAAAUUAUAGACUUUUUUUUAUAAAGUAAGAGGACAGCUUCUAUUUUUUUUGACAUACAAAAUGGAAUGUUGAAUCAUUUGAAAGUUGAUGCCCCUGUUUCUUACAACUAUACAGUGCUUUGUCGGUUUAGUAGCUUGUUUUGUAUUUUAGGUAGACCAAGGUGUCUAUCUUUGCAUCUUUUGUGAUAUUUUUGGUUAUUUUCUACUUUUGUAAAUUUUUACCAUGAGAAGGAAUAAUAGGUACUGAAUACCAUAGUUUGUUACCAGUAUUGCCUUUGAUUUGUGUACAAGAUGUUUGAUACUGUCAAUGAUUGUUUGUUGAUGUUGUGUACAAAUCUUAUGUUGUAAUUCAUAAUUCAUACAGGUGCACAUAAGAGUUUUUUUUUUAUGAAAUGAAAAAAAAUAGGUUAGGAAACAUUGGCAGCAUUUUUGUGCUAGUCAUGGCAUAAUUUCAUGUAUUUCCUCAUUAAUAUCAUUCCAUUCUUGUCAGUUUGUAUGGUAUUAUGUAUUUUGCAAUAGAUCACCUUUCUUUUUCUGUCUUGACAAAGAAGUGCCAUGUCAAAAUGCAAUACAGGAAAGAUAUGUACAUAAACACACAGUGAACGCUGUGGCUAUGGUCACUGUUAAUAAGUAUUUACCUGCAACUUGUCCUCAGGUUGCUGACUACCUGAGUACCAACUACAUUUUCAGAUUGAGUUUCUCAAACUUUUAUUUACAUUUUUCCAAGCACCUCAAAGAUGCUUCACAAAAAAACUUCUUGCAAGCCAGAUCAUGGUACAAUUUGCUGAAUUCAAGUUUUCAAGAAGCAAAACUUCAUAAAAAAUUUAUCGAACCCAAUAUUUUAAUGAAAAGUGGUAGAUAAUGUGCAUAUUUUCUGGCUUUUUGUGCAUUGAUGUAGAAUUAAGUCAUAAUAUCUCAUUUAUUUAUUACAUAUCAUAUCAAGAGUUCACCCUAUUUUGGGUAAUUGAAAAAAGAAAGAAAAUGAAAUAAAACAAUAAACAAAUGCU